AUGUCUUAUGUGCCCAAACUCACCAUACCUGAGUCAGCAUAUGACCCAUCGACUUACAACUUGAGAUCUACAAAGCCAAAAUCAGGUCUUUUGGUAUACCUCAUCAGAUUAACCAAUGGUGGGUCUCUUGCAUUGAUAGUAUCAUACUUGGUUGGAUUUUUCAUUGUCAAACCCUUGCUAGAAACGUCAAAUUCUCGAAGGUUAGAAUUCCUUGAAUGUAUGAGACUGAACUUGAGGAAUAUUUAUUUGAAAAUGAUCACCAAAGUGAGUUAUAUACCUAUUGUAGCCAUUAAAAGGAAUGGAAAAUUACAUGCUGAUGCUAUAAUUCAAACGGAAUCACAGCCAGAGAAGCAAAAUACUGUAGAGGAUAGAUUAUUACAGGGGGAGCUACAUCAAAAGAUGGUGAAAAUGUCAUCAUUACUCAAUACUUAUGUUAAGCACUGGUCAAUGGAAGAUUUCACGAAUUAUAAAGGUGUCAACUUUGCAAUCAAGGAUUUACAAAACAAAUCAGAUUUGGUAUACUUUGAUGAUCAAGAGUUUUUCACUUUGGAUACUGGUUUGGAAGCUGGACCUAGUGGUGGUAAAACUAAGAAAAGGAAUAUUGUUGUUGAUACAAAGAAUGAAGUUAGAAGUAUAAAAGGAUUGUAUAUGAGUGGGCAGGUUUAA